AUGACAAGAGAAGAACGAGGAGGCUUAGGAAGAACAGCUCAUCCUCUACUUUCGCUGAUUCUGAUUACAAGAGCAGCAAGAGGAGACAUAGGAAACAAGAGAAGCAGGAGUAGGCUUAGGAAGUAUAGCUCGUCCUUUGACGAGUCUUCGGACACGGGGUUUGAAUCUGAUUCUAAUGACAAGAGCAGCAGGGGGAGGCUCAGGAAGAACAGCUCAUCCUCUGACGAGUGUUCUGAUUUAGACUCUAGUUCCGAAUCUGAUUCUGAUGAGAAGAGAAGCAGGAACUCUGGUUCUGAAUCUGAUUCUGAUGAAAAGAUAAGCAGUUUGUCCUCUGAAGAGUCUUCUAAUUCAGACUCAGGUCUAGAAUCGGAUUCUGAUGACAAGAGCAACAGGAGGAGGAGCAGAAGGUAUAGCUCGCCCUCUGACGUCUAA